GGGGGGGAUCAGGGGCAAGCAUCGAAAAGAGGCCGACACAUGACGAAAGAAGAAAGUGAAAGGAAUGGGAUAGAAGAUGCGAUAUAUAAGGAGAGCUUGAUAUGCCUCUCUUCUCUCCAGUCUAGGUUUGCUCCUCACCAUCGGGCCACCCUCCCUCGCCCAGCCAGACCUUUGGAUAUCCGUCACCUGCCCCUCGUUGCCACUUGCUUCAAGCCUCCCUAAGAAAGCCACCCCACGCAAAACCAGAGCCAUGCACUCCUCGGUCUCGCUUGCAGCGGUCUUCGCCCUGCCCCUGGUGCAGCUCGCGUCGGCGCACGGCCACGUGUCGAGCGUCAGCGUCAACGGCGGCAGCCGGAUCCAGACCGCCAACCCCAACUGGUUCUACCUCCCGGUCGACCAGCGGCUGAACACCCCCGGCUGGAGGGCCCUGAACCAGGACAACGGCUUCGUAGAGCCCAGCGCCUUUGGAACCAGCGACAUCGCCUGCCACAAGAGCGCCACCCCGGGCCAGACCUACAUCGAGGCCAACGCGGGCGACCGCCUGACGAUCUACUGGGACACCUGGCCCGAUUCUCACCACGGCCCUAUGCUCAACUACCUGGCCCCCUGCAGCGGCGAGUGCACGUCCGCCUCGGCCGGUAGCCUGUCCUUCACUAAGAUCACUGAGGGCGCGCUCAUCUCGGGCAGCAACCCGGGCAACUGGGUGACGGAUACGAUGAUCCGCAACAAGUUCGCGUCGGACCUGACCAUCCCGCGCGACCUGGCACCCGGCAACUACGUUCUGCGCCACGAGAUCAUCGCCCUGCACGCCGCCGGCCAGCAGAACGGCGCCCAGGCCUACCCGCAGUGCCUCAACCUCAAGAUUCGCAGUGGCGGCUCCAAGAAGCUCUCGGGCGGUACCCCCGGCCGCAGCCUGUACAGCGCCACCCACCCCGGCAUCAUCUUCAACCUAUACGGACAGUUCAGCAGCUACCCGAUCCCCGGCCCUUCGGUUCAGAACCUCCGCCGCCGUACCCCUCGCGGCGCCAUGGCCCAGGAGGCCGAGGAGUAGAUGGACUCAACAGAUGGCAAUAUUCGAGGCCUUCGAAGCGGCCGCCCCCGAAGCGGAUUUUCGAGUUUUUGAAGGUGGACCAUAUAUGGGGCCGGGGCGAUAGAUUUCAAGUAGACAGAUUCCACGGCAUGUCUGGCCCAAGAGGCAGCAGGAGGGUGCGCUUGGCAUGUGACUUAUGUCCUUCAUUCAAGACUUUGUAUUAUUGUCCAUAGCCUUCGUUGUGGGGACCUCGCAGUCGGCGGGGAAACCACAGUUACAUUCACCGACCUUGUUCAC